AUGCAGGUGCCUCGCAGCAAAUUGGUGUUUGUAGAGAGCCCAGAAGCAUCAAAGCGGCUUCCUAAGCAGCGCGCGGGUUACCUUUACCCUAUUCUGUCUUGGGGGCCCAACAACCAGGUCGCCGGCUUGAAAGAGGUCCUGGCGUUGGGGCGGCUGCUCAAGCGCACCGUAAUCGUGCAUGACAUCAUCAACCACUAUGACGAGCAGCAGCAAGUUACACUGGAGGGCGGUCAACUUGCACUCGGUCCGGAUACGACCAUGCCCUUUGACUUGGUGUUCGACUUUGACCACUUAUCUCGUCACCAGAGUGUCGUACGGCAGUCGGAGCUGUUGUCGAAGAGCGGGGGAUGGGAUGGAGUGCUGGAUGCCGUGGUGCAUUUUGACGAUGCGUUCCUGCCCCAGAUAAAGAACGCAAUAGCGCUCAACGUGACAGACGACGGAGCCGAUUACGUCAAGUUCCCGGCCUUCAACUGCAGCAAAGGCGAGCUUGCAGCGAUGGUCAAGAAGUUAGAGCGGUACAAGUAUGUUGGCGUGAUUGUGUACGAGCAUGUCGUACAGAGUGCUGGCCAUGGAGUGAAGCUGUACAUGACUGGGGACGCUUGCCAUGACGAGUUUUUGCAGGUGACUGCUCAACUGACUAAGAGUAAACAGAUCAUACAGUUGGCGAAGGACUUUCGAGAGAAGCGGCUCGGGAACCAGAGCUACAUUGCCGUACAUAUACGGCCGUACCCUGACAAAUGUCUGUACGUGUGGCGCCACCCAGAGUUAAAGGCCGACGAGAAGAUGGCUAAGAAGAUGUGUAAGAACCCGCGCCUCAUAAAGGUCUUUGUUGGUCAAACACUUCACGCCAUGAAAACGAAGCUCGUAGACGGGCUGUUUGUGAUGUCGUACCCAUCUAUUCGUGAUCGCAUUACGGAGUUGUACGGUACUAAAGGACUCAAGCCAGUGUUUUUCGACGAGGACGAUUUGGAGGCGGCGAUCGGCUAUAAGAGCGUCUCCCUGCUGGGAAUGGUAGAGGAGGAAAUAGCACUGGAGGCGAAGAUCUUCAUCGGAACGUCGUACAGCAGCAUGACGGGGAUAAUUUCGCAGGAGCGCUUCGCACACGGUGUUUGGCCGGGGAAUUCAAAGGCCUUCACCAAGACGACCUGA